AUGGCUGCUGUGGAUCUCGGCCGGUACCGUCGAAUCGUGCAGAUAUUCUGGGAUCCUGAGCCUACAAAUGACUACCGGGUCGACCUUCCCGUCUGGUGCUUGGGUCGGUCAUACAAUCUAAGCACCAAGGCUGGUAAAGAUAAGGGCAGCCGUGGCCAGACGCAGCCUACAACAGACACUGCCAGUUCCCAGACCAACGUUAAUAGCCCAUCACCAGUGCCCCCAGCUCUGGGUCCCGAGACUCCUCCCGAUUCAGUGUCCAGCAGUUUCUCCUCCUCUUUGGCGUACGACGAUGAUUACUCUGUUCAAGAUGGAGGUUGGCCCGCUGCAUUCUUGGAUGAUUUCGAGUCCAAGUUCUGGAUGACAUAUCGGUCCGAAUUCGAGCUUAUAGCCAAGUCUACUGAUCCUCGCGCUUCAUCAGCGUUGUCCUUGUCGAUGCGGAUCAAGAGUCAGUCUCUGACCAACGCCCAAGAGCAACCGUCUUUGAGGGUAUAUUCUACUGGCGAUGGACCGGACGUUUACGAGGACAAAUUUAUGAAGAUUGCGAAGCCUGAUGGCACUCGAUUCCAUCCGACACUCAUUCUGGUGGGUACGAGGCUGGGUAUCGACAAGAUCACACCUGUCUACUGGGAUGCUCUGAUCGCUGCUCUACAGAUGCCACAGUCCGUAGGUAUCGCCGGGUGA